CUUUGCGCGCGGUCACGUGCAGGGAUGCGGCGCGCGGCGUGGCGGGAGCACGUGCUGGAGGCGCUGGAGAGGCGCGAGGGCCGCGAGGGGCGGCUGCGGGGCCUGCUGGAGAGGCAUGAGAAGCUGCAGGACCGCCUGGAGACGCUGCUGCGCGGCGCCGCCGCUGGAACCGAGCAGGGGCUGGAGGUGCUGGAGCUGCGCCGGGAGCGGCAGGAGCUGCACCAGCGCCUGGCCUUCCUCACUGAGACCCUGGGAAGGACUGAAGGGGAGAGCCGGGAGCAGCAGGCCAGGACGCAGCGCCUCGCGCAGGACUUGGCAGCUCUUCGACACCAGCACCAAGGGCUGCAGUGCCAGGCCUGGGAGCUCUCCCAGGAGGCCGAGGGGCUGCGUGGGGAGCUGGAUUGCGUGCGGGGUCUGCUGCACAGAGCCCAGCAACAGCGGCAGGAGCUGGAGGCCCGCUGGGUGAGAGAGAAGGCCCUGGAGGCUGAGCGGCUCAACUGGGCCUUGGAGCAAGAAGAAAAGUAUCAGCGGAAGGUGAGGCGCCUCCGGGAGAAGUUGCAGAGAGUGAGAGCAGGAGCCCUGCAGAUGGGCCACACAAUGCCAGCCAGAGAAGCCAGCAGCAGUGCAUCUUGGGAGGAGCCUGAAAGGAGGGCUGUAACCAUGGGGCAGGCCAUCCCCCCAAACAUGUCUUCCCCUGCGGGAUGGGUCAGGAGUCCCCCCAGCAGCACAGGUACUGACGUGUGAAGGAGGCUCCUUCUGGACUGGAAGGGGAUUGUCUUGGGCCGCCGCUGGGCAUACCUAGGGGAGAGCUGGGCCUGUCACCUUCUGGAAGAACUAGCCCAGAGGGCUUGUGGCCAGGCAGCUGCUGCCUGUGCUGCUGAGCUUUGAGGACUGCUGCAGCAGCAGGGCAGAGACUUCAGGGAUGUUGCAGCGUUCUGUUUUGGGGGUUACUUGGAAGGGGGGGAAAGGCACCAAAUAAACAUGUGCAGCCUG